AGACAGAAAGCGGUUGCUCUCUCUCUCCCUCUGGCUGGUGAAGAGUUUUCUCUGGCUCUCUCUCUCUCUCUUUCUCUCUCUGACUGGUAAAGAGUUUUCUCUGUCUCUCAACAGAGAGAAAGCGCAGAGAGAGCGAGAGCGAGCUUUAUCAUUAAGCUAACGACUCAAGAAUUCGAAACUUUUGUAUAUUUACAGAGAAAGGGGAAGAAGAAGACGGCGGCGGUGGCUUCGGAGGUGGUGGGAGACUUCUGAUAUUCAGCAUAGUUCCCUUUCAUGGUUGCAAAUGGACAUUUGUUGCUUUUGAGCCCCAAUAUAUUAUGAUUGCAGCUGAGCAGUUGUAGAAAGAUGACUGAACAAUUGACUACUAAAUCUCGUCGAGUUAAAUGUCCACGAUGCCGGCGGGUUCUCCUAGAGUUGCCAAAUAUUCCCAUUUACCAGUGCGGAGGAUGUGGCACAUUUCUCCAAGCUAAGAAACGCAAAAAUGACUCCAAGGACACAGGAUCAGAUGCACAUCAAACAGAUGGUGGGCCGAAAAUUGUUCUGGAGCAUCUUCCUAAUGACAAAGAAGCUAGAAGCUUAAUUCAAGGAGAAGUGCUUCCUUCUGCACGUGAAUCAUCAUUAGAUAAAAUCCAUGGCAGCGGUCAAAUUAAAAUUUCUGAUAGCAAUAGGGAGCAUUCUGGAGAUAUAAAGUUUUCAGGUGAACUCUCUACAGAGGUUAUACACCACAGAACUGAAGUUCCUGAGUCAGCAGUGGAGGCUGAAACAGAAAUUGAUCAAGAUGAGUGUUCUCUGGAACAAAAUAAGCAGGAUCGAAAUGAAUUUGGAUAUUUGAAUGAGAAGCUUCCUGGAGGCAUAAGCUUUUCUACUGAAAUUGCUUCAUCAACUGAGCUUGAUCGUCAUCAGAGUGAGGAGUCAUCACUUGUAGCUGGAGUUCAUAGGGAAAUGGGUUUGAAUCAGAACGAUGGAAGUAAUCAAAAUGGAUAUCGAUAUUGCAACUCAAAAGAGCCUGCAGGCACCAACUCUGAUGAAGUUGCUUCAUCAACUGAGAUUAGUCAUCAUGGGAGUGAGGAGUCAUCACCAUUUUCUGGAGUUCAAAGUGAAGUGGAUCAAAAUAGCAGGAUUUUGGAACAAAUUAAUGGAAGGAAUCAAACUGCACAAGGAGACUACAGUGGAAUGAAUCAUAGUGAAUGUGGAGAUUACAAGACAGAAUCCAAUGAAAAUAUGAAAAUUUCUGAUGAAGUCACUUCAUCUGUAAUUAGAACAUUUUGUACAGAAUUGGCCCCGAAUUUCAAGAGUCAGUUUGGAAGUUUAAGUGAGGAAAGUGUGCUAGCUUCAAGCCCGAAGGGUUCAAACAUUACUGCACGGAAGCCGUUGAGUGAAAGCAUUUUAACAGAUAAUCAUACGUCUCCUUGCAUUGAACAGCUUGAACAAUCUCAAGAAAGUGGUUUGGACCGUGUGAGCUCUGUAGAUGCAAUGGAAAAUAUUGCACUAGCCAGUCCGAGCUCUGAGUUCAGUGCAUUGCUCAGGCACAUGCCUAAAUCUCCAACAACCAAGAGUUAUUAUGCUUAUGAUGGUAGUGAUUCUUCCUAUGAUGGAACUGAUGAUCACCAUAAUCGGCAUAUAUCCAAAAGAAAAUUAAAGGAGGCUGUGUCUACCAGUAGCAGAACAAUGCCCAGAAGGGAUGAGAUUAUGAAUAAGAUUACAAGUAGAUAUCCAGAAAUACAACAUCGCUCAUCAAUUUCAUCAGAAAAUAAGAAUUAUCCCGUGGAAGGCAGCAAGUGGUCUCAAGACGAAUUGCUUGAAUCAAGAAAAUGUGGCCAUCCAGUUAGGAGCAGGAAGAAAUAUGAGAGAGAUGAGUGGCUACCUAAGGGGUCUUUUUAUUCAAGGAGCGCCCAGGUUGGCUAUGAAAAUGGCAGCCUUUCAGAUUAUGGUCAGAGUGAGUUCCAAAGCAUUACAGGCUUUCAUUCACCUAGCAGGUCCGAGUACCAGGAAGAGGAGAAAUUGGAACAGCUAAAAUGGGUUAAUAAGGAGAAAAUGGAACUACUAAAAAUGGUUUACGAACUGCAAGAUCAGCUUCACAGAACACGUAUUGUCAAAGAGAAGACUAAUGAAAGAUUUCCUGGAGUUUCUGGGAAGGAAAAACAGAUUUCCCCCCACCAUGAAUAUGAAGUACCAGAGCCAGAAAUAUUCCACAAUUUAAGCAAUACUAGGUACAAUACAAGAUUUAAUCAAGGAAGAAGUUGGCCCCACCAAAGUCAGGUUGCACGAAUUCCUUUCUCGGCAGAGGCCUCAAUCAUCAGAAACCAAUUUGAUUGUUCCUGUUUGAAUUGUUCUCCUCAAGAUUGGCAGGGCUUGGCACCUUCACUGCCCCAUGUAUGCUGUAACAGAAACCAAUAUACCGCCCACCCGAGUCAGAGAUCUCAAAAUCUCUACCACUCUGGCCCUUCAAGUCAACGUCAUUAUACAGGUUCCGAGUUCUCCUCAGGGGGAUGUGAUGCCAAGUCUGAGGAUCACUGGUACACAAAUCAAAAUGAGCUGCAGAAAUAUACUAAGGAGAGACGUCAUUUGGCUAAGAGACAUGUUCGACCUCUUGCAGGUGGAACCCCUUUCUUAACCUGUUACAAUUGCUUGGAAAUCUUGCAACUUCCUGCAGAUUUCCUCGUCUUCAGAAAGAGAUGCCAUCAGCUGAGGUGCAGUGCAUGUUCCUUUGCACUAAAAUUUUCACUUCAGAACAGAACUCAUCUUGUUCCGUAUUCUGAUUUUGCUGCUGAUGUUAUUGCACCUCUGCCCAGUGAGGUUGAUACCUGCAGCAAUUCUAACAACAGGGAGAAGUUGGUAUCAUUGUCUCAUGCCAAUAAUUAUCCAGAUGCGGGGCCUGCAUCAUGUUCUGAUGAUCAUGGACCAUCCUUAAACAAAACUUCCUCAACUGAAGGAGAGUCCUUUGCUGUCGGGCUACCAUUCCAUGCUAUUGGAAGGGGUUCAAAUGACAGAAAGGCGUCAUUUGAUAGGUCUCCGUCCAAAUUAUCCUCAGAAAUUGAAGAAUUGCCGCCACUGCCAAGUUCCCCACUUCAUAGGCUCAUGGGAUAUUCUUCCCCAAGUGAGGUGAUGGAUAAUUGACCAGGUCAUAUAUUUUGGGAAAAGACUUGGCAACAAGGAACUGGUUCGAUAUUAGGGGGGGGGGGGGGGGCGGGCACCCUGCUACAUAGAGGAAAAUGUUUGUGGAACUCCUUUUGAUAUCUAAACUACGGAGAUUGUGGGAGUCAUCUGUUCCUAUAAUCCAACAAAUUUUCUCAGAGGAUUUCUUGAGUUUAGUAUUAUAGAAACUGAAGGAUAGAUGUCGCAAUUGUGGAAUUUGUAGACUGAGUUAGCUUAGUGGGAAAUUUGAGAAAUAUGAAGGUUUGAUUGAAGUACGAUGAUUUCAGAAAUUUAAGAUUGAAUGGCCGGAAAGUUUGAUGGUACUUUCCGGAUAGUCCCAGUGUGUUUGGCAUUUAGGCUCUCCGCUCUACAAGGAUUGAUUACUUUACAAAGAAGCAGUUCCCAUUUCCAUGGUAAGAAGGCAGAAGCGUAAUCUGGUUGAUUCACGUGCUAUUUGUUUUAUUGGUCGAUAAAGUUACUGGUAUGUGCAGUACUGAACUCUCUUGGUUGUGAUAUAUUUUUUGCUUAAAUGAAAUCCCUUUUUGACCAAAUCCCGCAAAACUACACAAAGAUCUUUAACUAUGGAGUGAUUGAAAGUUAAAACUGUGACUGAAGGUUUAUAUGUAUGGAUCGAUUUCAUCCAAAAUUGUCGGAUAUAGUAGCUUGAAGCCUUUCUCAGUGUAUCAGAAUUUAUCAUUGAUAAUAAACUAUCUUGAAGCCUUUA